UCUUCUAUUCAUUCAUUUUUUCUCCAGGCAAUGUGAGAAAAAAAUAGAGGAACAAAUAUCUGACAGAAAAAAAUAUGGGUUCAAGUUCUAAAGAAUUGAAUUUGGAUUUGAACUGUGUUUACGUGCCGAAAACCAUUUCAGAUGUUUUAACAGAAGUUUCUGCCAUAGAUGAUAUAUCUAAGAAAUUGACAAAGCUCAAUCACUUUGUUCUUUCUUUAGAAGAAGAACUCAAAAAGAUCGAAGCUUUCAAACGUGAAUUGCCCCUUUGCAUGGUUCUCCUAAAAGAUGCUAUUGAGAGAUUAAAGGAGGAAGCUUUACAGUAUAAGGGCAAAGAUAAAAGGCCAGUCCCAUUGAAGGGUAAUUCUGAAGAAAGUGAAAGGGUAAAAAAGUCAAAUGAGAUAAGUGAUAAGAAAAACUGGAUGAGCUCUGUUCAGCUGUGGAGCACCCCAGUUCACUAUGAAAGCAUUGAUCUUGGAAAGCAGGGGCAAUUUUUACACCUAAAAUCUCAGAGUGGUGUAGAAGGGAGAGAGAAUGAAUACCAGUUAGGAAUAUAUAAACUGAAGAAUGACAGAGGGGCAUUUAUGACAUUUCAAGAAAAUUCUGUCCGAUCGGUGAAAGAUGAAAAAAAGGGUUUACCGGUCAAUGAUUUAUCCCUGUGUAUGACUGUGGGAGAGAGAGAAAAGGAUCCAAAUCCAGUUGAUGUGAGUGUGAAAAGAGUUAACGGCGGCGGCAGAUCAAAUGGGUGUAGUAGUAAUUUUUUACAGGAAAAAUCACAGCAGAGGAAACAGAGGCGUUGCUGGUCUCCGGAAUUGCAUCGUAGAUUUGUUGAUGCUCUUCAUCAACUUGGAGGUCCCCAAGGUUACAGCACUUUCUAUUUUUAUUUUCAUUUUCUGUGUUUGCGCGCAUAUCAAUUACUAGUAUAUAUUUCACUAGUAAUUCUGUCCAUCAAAACUUAAAGCGGAUAGAAAAAAAUCAACUACUCCUACAUCUCAAUCCAUUUUUUGUUCUCGUUUUGAUGCUAGCCUUAUCUAUUCCAUACAUUUAUCUUUUUGUUUUUUGUUUCUUUCUGUGUUUUCUACUUUGUUUUUCUAUUCUCUUUUAUACUAGGAAAGGGUAAUGGAAAACUUUUGUAUCAUUACCUGAUAAUCAAACAAUUCAAUCUGGAAAGGUAGAUUUUGAAAGAAAAACAAGUCAUAUGCAAGUUGAUUUUGCGCAUCCACAAUUAAAGUGAAAAUAAAGCUGAUAUUAGGUAAAGGGUAGAUCUUGUUUUUUCCUAAAGGUGAUAUUCGUGCUAAGUGUGGUUGUUAUACUUGUUAUGGUAGCAAAUGUUUCUGGAAAUAUGUUUUUGUAAUGAAAUCACUUUUCAAUAUUUAAUAGAGAAAAUGCAUAAAGUAUCCAUUAAAUUUGUCCCAAAAAUUAUUUAUACAUUUGAACUUUACGGACGACCUUUUACCCCAUAUUCUAAACUUAAGUGAAUUUAAUACCCUCUUAAGUGAUGACCUGGCGGGAAAAGUUAAUUCAUUUCAUAGAUGCGCGUGAAGGUAAAAAAAAUAGCUUAAAACUAAUUUAAUUGUCCAGGUGUCACUUUCCUGUUGGAUAUUAUAACUAAUUAAACUUAAUACUAGUUUUUUCUCUUUUCUUAUUCAUUUUUCUUUUCUUUUCCGUUUUUUUCCGUCUCUUUCUUCAUUUUAACAGAUGCAAUGAACCAAUGGCUCUAGCUUGGCUAAAAUAUCCAUUUCCGGUGACCUUAUUCUUAUCUCCGUCCUUCUCCAAUUGAGAUUCUCCAUCCAAUUUUUCAUCUAUUUGCUGAAAAAUACUUCUUUAGAACCAGAAAUAGUGUUGAAAAGAAGACAAGGUGUCACCGGAAAAUUCUCCGGCCGGAGAAAAUUUAUAGGUCCUUAACUCGUUGCUCUAUAUCUCAGGUUUCGUUCACUCUUCCAAUACAAAACUAGGAGGAAUAAAGUGACAAAAAAAUCUCCUAAGGAAACCCAGACGAAAGGAUUUAGGAGUGCAAACCCACCUUGUCAAAAAAUACGAUACCGACGACAUCAAGCUUUUCGGCCAACCAAACAUUUCUCUCUAUCCCAAGCUUUCCGGCCCUUUUUCUCCUUGAUUUCGUCUAAUGUCAAAGCCACAAAAAAAUUUCUACAACGAAAAAAACAAUAGAGAUAGAGUUGAUGGGUAUAAGGGAGGUUAUGUCUUCCAUGGUGGCGGGGGGCAAAAAUAAUGAGGAAGUUGGAGAAGAUGAAAUGAAAAAAAGAGUGGAAAAGGAAAGAAGAAGUAUAAAAUAUUGAAACAGUGCUUGAUACAUGACACGUGUUAACACAACCCACCACAAGACCGGUUCAAUAUUUUAAAGGAGGUAUUAAAUUUAGUUUAGAUGAGAACAAUGGAGCGGUAGGUUGCCUGAAAAGUUUAAAUGUGUAAAUAAUUUUCCUCGACAAAUUUAAUGGGUACUUUAUGCA